AUAAUGAUUAAAACUAUGAUUUUAAUAAUGAUUAUUUGAUCACAUAUUUAGAUACACAAGAAAUCUAGUGGACAAAGGAAACGGCAAAUACAAUCUGAUGCUCCUGUGCUGGUCUGAAGGCCAGGGGUCGAGCAUUCACGACCACUCCGAUGCCCAUUGUUUUAUGAAGAUGCUGACCGGAAGUCUACAUGAGAUACGGUUCGAGUGGCCGGAGAAGAAGUCUUCGGCCGACGGGUUAAACAACAAUAAGGAGGACAAGACUGAAGAGAUGAAAGUGUUGGACGAGAACGUAAUGAAGACCAAUGCUGUCGCCUAUAUUAAUGAUGAGAUCGGUUUGCAUAGAGUGGAGAACCGAAGCCAUACCUAUCCGGCCGUUUCCCUACACCUCUAUAUACCGCCGUAUUCUAAGUGUCAAACGUUUGAUGAGAGGACCGGACAUCGAAAUGAGGCUAAAGUGACUUUCUAUAGCAAAUACGGCUCAAGAACUCCAUUCAAAGGCUCCAAAGAGAUCUCCAAAUAAAAAAAGACAUUUCAUGAAAAUUCAUUUAAUAACACUUUUAUUAUUUUUUUAUUAUAAUUCUUAUUAUUUUAUAUAAAUAUUGCUUUUAAAUGACUGAACAGAAUA